AUGCGCUUGUCAUCAGUCCUUCCGGUCCUCUGCCUUCUUGGCGGAAGUGCUGCUCAACGAUUUCACCGCAGAGAGAAUUCGACGACGACGGAUACUAUAAUCCCCAACCGGUUCAUUCUUGAACUAUCUGAUGCUGCGAACGUCGAGGCGGUAGUUACUGUCAUCAAGGGUCGGCUCGGGACACAUGUCGUGAAGACCUUCAACAGCCCAGUCUUCAAAGGUAUCAGCAUCGAGUCUGACAGUGAAACUACCGAAACCCUUUCAAGUAUCGAUAAUGUCGACUCUGUUUGGCCCUCUCGGCUGAUUAAGCUCGAUCCUUCUCCUAAAGCGUCCCUGAGCAAAAGAGACGCGGCAGCAGUUCCCAUUCGCGAUAUUCACAAGUCCACUGGCGUUUAUAGACUUCAUGAAGCCGGCAUACUUGGCGAGGGGGCUAAAGUAGCCGUUGUUGACACCGGUAUCUAUUACAACCAUCCAGCUCUUGGCGGCGGCUUUGGCCCUGGCUUUAAGGUCGAAGGUGGACUCGACUUGGUUGGGGAUGGUUACUGGCCUGAUGAACCAAAGAACCCUGAUAAUGACAUUGAUGAUUACCAAGGACAUGGAUCGCAUGUCGCUGGCAUUGUUGCUGGUGAAACAGAAGAGUUCAAGGGCGUUGCCCCGAAAGCUAAGAUCUAUGGCUACAAGGUGAUGGGUAUGCGUGUAAGUGAUUACACGGAUGAUGAGACACUCAUCGAAGCCUUCUUGGCUGCAUAUGACGCCGAUGUUGACGUGAUCACUGCAAGUAUUGGUGGCCCGGAUGGAUGGCCUGACAGCGCCUGGCAACGCGUAUGUGAUCGCAUUGCGGCCACCGGAAUCGUCAUCACCAUCGCUGCCGGCAACUCUGGCUGGGAAGGGGCUUAUCAUGGUAGCUCAGGCUCUUCUGCCAAGGGCGUUAUUGCAGUUGCAUCAACCGAGGCAUCCGUUAUCGUGGGAAAGCCCUUCAAUGCAACCUUCACCGAUAAGUCCGGCAUCUCGAAGACUAUCACGGUGGGAUACAUGGCCGAUGAAGCCUUUCCAGAGACCAUAAACCUGCCAAUUGUUCCUCUUACCCUUGAUAGGGAUUCCAACUUGGCCCGUGGCUGCCAAUCAUUCCCUGCUGGGACACCGUCCUUUGCCGACGCCAUCAUACUUCUUCGCUCUGGAGGCUGCGAAAAUUACAUCAAGCAGCGUAAUGCAGCGGCAUUUGGAGCUAGGUAUGUUCUUACGUACAAUGAUGAGUCAGUUAUCGGUAUUCCCUUCGGAUACGAUACUGCCACCAUUGGUACUGUGUCUGGCGACGCCGGCCAUGAGAUUAUUGCUACCAUCAAAGAAGGGGGUAAGGUAACUGGUGACUUUUCACUCGAUCAGACCAAGCCAAUCGGAAUCGUCAACCCUUACGGCAAUCUUGCCAAUGAAUUUACUAGCAUUGGUGCCCUUAACGAUCUCUCCGUCAAACCAGACGUUGCUGGUCCUGGCGGAAACGUAUACAGCACCUACCUUGAGUUCCCAACCUGGACGAUCCUUAGCGGGACUUCCAUGGCAACGCCCUACCUGGCCGGCGUUGCUGCGCUUUACAUUGGCAAAUUCGGUGGAAAAAAGGUUCACGGAUCCAAGUUCAGCGAACAACUCAUGAUGAGAAUUAUUUCCAGCGGCGAGCCUAUUCCGUGGUCUAACGACAUCAACGUGGUGGAUGGCUUCACAGCUUCCGUUGCCCAGGUAGGAACAGGCCUUGUCAACGCAUCUAAAGUGCUUGACUACACCACCCAGCUAUCUCUGGAAAGAUUUGCUCUAAAUGACACUGCCAACUUUGUUGGCAAACAUUCUGUCGACAUCACGAACAAUGCUGCAGAGGCAGUCACUUACACCUUCUCUCUGGAGCCUGCCGGCGGAUUUGACACCCUUGACGCAUCUGAUUCAUCUAAAAUCGCCAGGUAUCCUCUUUCUCCACAAACCAUGGUGCCUGGUGUCACUUUGCCCGAGGGUAGCUUUACUGUUGGACCGGGAGAGACCAAGGCAGCAGAAUUCAUUUUCACGGCGCCUGAAGGCUUAAAUAGUGCCUUGCUUCCAACUUACAGUGGAAAUAUUGCUGUCAAGAGCAGCUUGGGUGAAAACCUUGCCAUCCCUUACCUGGGCCUUGCUGCCGACUUACAAAAGGAGAUGCAUGAGACAUUCGAGAAUGGAUAUCCAUCAGGAACAAAAGGCCCCAACGGCAACACAGCACUGGACGUGACUAAGCCGCUAUCGUUUUCGUUCGACCUGUCCCUCGCUGCUCAAGAUUUCCCUCGCAUCGCCUACGAGAUGAAGUGGGGAACUAAAACGUUGCGUUGGGACAUUUUCGAAGCCGGCUGGGAGGAGGAUCGAUGGACUUCGUAUCCGCCUGUUGUUGGAGAGAAUGGAUAUAUCGGUUCUGCAACCGCUUAUCGUGGCUCACCCAGCCAGGCCAACUUUGACCCCUCGAGCAAUGAUAAAAGUUGGACCACUGCUUUUCCGUUGGUCAAUAUCUUCCGGACAUCCAUUGAAACACCUAGGCAUCAUGUCUGGUGGCUUGGUGGCCUUGGACAUGGGGAAGAUAUCAAGCCUGGAAACUACACUAUGCGCUUUGCUGCACUCAACCCACUUGGUGAUCCGGCAAAGGCCGACAACUGGGAUGUCUACGAAGGCAAGGAGAUCACUGUUACGUCUUCUCCACACUGGAAUUGA